CUUGAUUCUCAAUAAAGAGUAACAUUCUUAAAGUAAAACUGGCACUGAUGAUCAGUGUGCCCUGAUGAUCAGUGUGGCCUCAGAAAUGCCACCUGCCAGUGUCCAUCAGUGCCACAUAUCACUGCCUACCAGUGCCCAUCAAUGCCAGCUGUCAGUGCUCAUCAAUGCCACCUGCCAGUGCCCAUCAGUGCCACAUAUCACUGCCUACCAGUGCACAUCAAUGCCACAUAUCAGUGCCCAUCUGAGCUGCCUUUCAGUGUCACCUAUCAGUGCCAGUCAGUGCCACCUAUCAAUGCCAGUCAGUGCUGCCAGUCAGUGCCGCCUAUCAGUGCCACCUCCUCAUCAGUGCCACCUAUCAGUGCAGCCUAUCAGUGCCCAUCACUGCAGCCUCAUUAGCACACAUCAGUGAAGGAAAAAAAAUCACUUCUUUACAAAAUUUUAUAA